UAACAUAAAAAAACCAAUAAGGAAAAAAAAAAAAAUUUAUUAAAGAAAAUCUUAGGGUUUGACUGAAAAAAAUUUGUUUGCGAAUCGCGUGAAACCCCCAAUAGAGAAAGUAGUGAGUCGAAUCACGGGUUCCUCCGAGUUCGGUUCACUCUCAUCUUCCUUGAAAGUUACAACCUUACAAAGAUCCAUCCGAAAAUAUCGCAAUUUUAGAGAAAAUGGGGCAAAACAAAAGUGGGGUCGUUUUUUUUUUUUGAACGUUGGGAUCGUAGGGUAAAAAAUAGUGCUUCGUUAUUUUAAAAUUUGGAGGGAUCUUUUGUUGGAAAUUUUUGGUGGGGUUUUUUUUUUUUGAAUUUUAUUUUUUCUUGUAAAUUGGGGUGAAAAUUGUAAAUUUGCAUGCAAUCCGGAGGGGGUGGAGGUGGUGGGCCCAGCCGGAACCCGACGGGCCGGGCAGCAUCGACAUCGUCUGCGGCGUCGCCGUCUUCGUCAUCUUCAGCUGUUUCGACUCCCCACCUGGGGUUUGAUUCGGUGCAACAGCAGCAGCACCAACAGCAACAACAGCAGCACCAACAGCAGAGACAGUCAUUCCAACAACAAUUACUUCGAAAAUCAGAAGGAAAUGAUGCCAUUUUAGCAUAUCAAGUUGGUGGUCUCCCAGGAGUAAUGGGAGCGGGAGGGGGGAACUUUGCUUCAUCUCCAGGGUCCAUGCAACUGUCUCAACAGUCCAGGAAACUGUUUGAUUUUGCCCAACAGCAUAAUUCAUCCCAGGAGGGCCAGAAUAGAAGUCAAGGUAUUGAGCAACAGGUUCUAAAUCCUGUUCAUCAGGCUUAUCUCCAGUAUGCUUUCCAGGCCCAUCAAAAGUCUGCUUCAGUUGUGCAAUCUCAGCAGCAAGCUAAAAUGGGUAUGCUGGGUCCUGCAUACGGGAAGGAUCAAGAUCCGCGGAUGGGAAAUUUGAAAAUGCAGGAACUGAUUUCCAUGCAGUCAGCCAAUCAGGCUCAGGCGUCAUCCUCCAAAAAUUCAUCGGAACAGUUUGGCCGUGUUGAAAAGCAGAUGGACCAAGGUCAGCAACCAGCUUCUGACCAGAGGAAUGAGCCAAAACCUCAAAGUCAGAACAGUAUUGGUGGGCAAUUAAUGACCGCCAAUAUGAUAAGGCCUAUACAGGCAGCACAGGCUCAGCAAAAUGUCCAAAAUGUGGCUAACAACCAGUAUGCGAUGGCUGCUCAGUUGCAGGCAUGGGCACUUGAGCGAAAUAUUGAUCUGUCACAACCUGCAAAUGCCAACUUGAUGGCGCAGCUCAUUCCUCUGAUGCAGUCUAGAAUAGCUGCUCAACAGAAAGCAAAUGAAAGCAAUAUGGGUUCACCAUCAUCACCUGUCCCUGUUUCAAAGCCACAGGCUACUUCGUCACCUGUUGCUAGUGAGAGCUCUCCCCAUUCUAAUUCAGUGAGUGAUGUAUCUGGACAAUCUGGAUCAGCAAAGGCAAGGCAGACAGUGUCCCCAAGCCCUCUUGGUUCAACUUCCAAAGCUGGUGCUGCUAACAGUCAUUCACUACAACAGUUUGCUGUUCAUAGCAGAGAAAACCAAGUGCCUCCCAGACAGCCGAUUGCCAUUGGAAAUGGAAUGCCUCCUAUGCAUCCUCCACAGUCGACUGCAAACAUGAGCCAGGGUGUGGAUCAGUCUUUGCCUGUAAAAAGUUCAGGUGUCCCAGAAACUUCUCAAAUGCAGUACCUCAGGCAGUUAAAUCGUUCUUCUCCACAAUCUGCAAUUCCUUCCGGUGAUGGAGGUUCAGUUAAUGUCUCAUCACAGGGUGGCCUGGCUCCCCAUACACCACAGCAGCGGUUUGGGUUCACGAAACACCAACUUCAUGUUCUUAAGGCUCAAAUUCUGGCAUUUCGGCGGUUGAAGAAAGGAGAAGGUAACCUUCCCCAAGAGCUUCUUCGGGCCAUUGUUCCACCAACCCUUGAGUUGCAGCAGCAGCAACAGUUUCUUCCUGCACCAGUAAAUAAUCAGGAAAGAUCUUCUGGAAAGAUGGUAGACGAUCAAUUGAGACAUGUAGAGCCUAACGGAAAGGAUUCACAGUCUGCUCCAUCAAUAAAUGGACAAAAUUACAUGAAAGAGGAAUCUUAUGCAGGAGAUGAUAAAACAAUUAUGUCAGCAGUUCACGUGCAAGGUAUGCCUACUGUGAUCAAGGAACCUGCACCAGUGGUAGCUACUGGGAAAGAAGAGCAGCAAAACCCUGUUAAGUCGGACCAGGAAGUCGAUCGUAGUCUUCAGAAAGCUCCUGUAAGAAGUGAAUUUACUGCAGAUAGAGGAAAGUCUGUUGUGCCACAGGCAGCAGUGUCUGAUGCAAUGCAAAUUAAGAAGCCUGCACAAGCGACCACUGCCUCUCAGCCAAAAGAUGUUGGCUCUGCCAGAAAGUAUCAUGGUCCGCUUUUUGAUUUUCCCUUUUUCACAAGGAAACAUGAUUCAGUUGGGUCGACUACAAUGGUUAACAGUAAUAAUAAUCUAACAUUGGCUUACGAUGUCAAAGAUCUUCUUUUUGACGAAGGAGUGGAAGUCCUGCAUAAGAAAAGAUCAGAGAAUUUGAAGAAGAUCAGUGGUAUACUUGCAGUAAACUUAGAGAGGAAAAGGAUUAGGCCCGAUCUUGUUCUGCGAUUGCAGAUUGAAGAAAAAAAGCUUCGACUCUUAGACCUACAGGCACGCUUAAGGGAUGAAGUCGACCAACAGCAGCAGGAGAUAAUGACAAUGCCUGAUAGACCAUACCGUAAAUUUGUCCGGCUGUGUGAGCGUCAACGCAUUGAGCUGAUGAGACAAGUGCAAACCUCUCAGAAAGCCAUGAGAGAGAAGCAAUUAAAAUCGAUCUCUCAGUGGCGUAAGAAACUUCUUGAGACUCACUGGGCCAUCCGUGAUGCACGGACUGCCCGUAACCGGGGAGUUGCAAAGUACCAUGAGAGAAUGUUGAGGGAGUUCUCUAAAAGAAAGGAUGAUGACCGGAACAAAAGGAUGGAAGCCUUGAAGAAUAAUGAUGUCGAAAGGUAUAGGGAGAUGUUGCUGGAGCAGCAGACUAGUAUCCCAGGUGAAGCUGCGGAGAGAUAUGCUGUUCUCUCUUCAUUCUUGACUCAGACAGAAGAGUAUCUUUACAAACUGGGAAGUAAAAUAACUGCUGCCAAGAAUCAGCAGGAAGUGGAAGAGGCAGCAAAUGCUGCUGCAGCUGCUGCAAGAUUGCAGGGUCUUUCAGAAGAAGAAGUUAGGGCAGCAGCAGCUUGUGCUGGUGAGGAAGUGAUGAUCAGAAAUCGAUUUAUGGAAAUGAAUGCACCCAGGGAUAGUUCAUCUGUUAACAAGUAUUAUAGUCUUGCACAUGCUGUGAGUGAAAGGGUUGCAAGGCAACCCUCAAUGUUACGAGCUGGAACCUUACGAGAUUAUCAGCUUGUUGGGUUGCAGUGGAUGCUUUCUUUGUAUAACAACAAAUUGAAUGGAAUAUUGGCGGAUGAGAUGGGUCUUGGAAAGACUGUGCAGGUUAUGGCAUUGAUUGCUUAUUUGAUGGAAUUUAAAGGGAACUAUGGCCCACAUCUAAUAAUUGUCCCUAAUGCUGUUUUGGUAAACUGGAAGAGUGAGCUACAUACUUGGCUGCCAUCAGUGUCAUGCAUUUACUAUGUUGGUGGAAAGGAUCAACGGUCAAAAUUAUUUUCUCAGGAGGUCUGUGCCCUGAAAUUUAAUGUACUUGUGACAACUUAUGAGUUCAUCAUGUAUGAUCGCGCAAAACUUUCAAAAAUUGAUUGGAAGUAUAUCAUAAUUGAUGAAGCACAGCGAAUGAAAGACAGAGAAUCAGUUUUGGCCCGAGAUCUUGAUAGAUACCGCUGCCAGAGGCGCUUACUUCUUACAGGGACACCUUUACAGAAUGAUUUGAAGGAACUUUGGUCACUUUUAAAUCUACUUCUUCCUGAAGUGUUUGAUAACCGGAAAGCAUUUCAUGAUUGGUUCUCACAACCAUUUCAAAAGGAAGGUCCUACCCACAAUGCAGAGGAUGACUGGCUUGAGACUGAGAAGAAGGUCAUUAUCAUCCAUCGACUUCAUCAAAUUUUGGAGCCUUUUAUGCUCAGACGUCGUGUUGAGGAUGUGGAAGGUUCACUUCCACCCAAGGUCUCCAUAGUUUUAAGAUGUAAAAUGUCUGCUAUUCAGAGUUCUAUUUAUGAUUGGAUUAAAUCAACUGGUACUCUUCGAGUUGAUCCUGAAGACGAGAAGCUCAGGGUGCAAAAAAAUCCACUAUACCAGGCUAAGGUGUAUAAAACUCUAAAUAAUAGAUGUAUGGAGCUUCGGAAAACUUGCAAUCAUCCUCUUCUUAAUUACCCAUAUUAUAAUGACUUAUCCAAAGAUUUUCUUGUGAAAUCAUGUGGGAAGCUGUGGGUCCUUGAUAGGAUCCUUAUAAAACUUCAAAGAACCGGGCAUCGAGUACUGCUCUUUAGUACCAUGACAAAACUCCUUGAUAUCCUGGAGGAAUAUUUGCAGUGGAGGCAACUUUUGUACAGACGAAUUGAUGGAACUACUAGUUUAGAAGACCGUGAAUCAGCUAUCGUGGACUUUAAUAGCCAUGAUUCUGACUGCUUUAUAUUCUUGCUGAGUAUUCGUGCUGCUGGACGAGGUCUUAAUCUUCAAUCUGCUGAUACUGUCAUCAUAUAUGAUCCUGAUCCAAACCCUAAAAACGAGGAACAAGCAGUUGCUAGAGCCCACCGCAUUGGACAGACAAGAGAAGUUAAGGUCAUUUAUAUGGAAGCAGUUGUUGACAAAAUUCCCAGUCAUCAGAAAGAGGAUGAAUUCAGAAGCGGUGGUAUGGUUGAUUUAGAAGAUGACUUUGCAGGUAAGGAUCGAUAUAUGGGAUCUAUUGAAAGCCUCAUAAGGAAUAACAUCCAGCAGUAUAAGAUUGACAUGGCUGAUGAAGUCAUCAAUGCUGGGCGUUUUGACCAGAGAACAACCCAUGAAGAGAGACGCAUGACUUUGGAGACAUUAUUGCAUGAUGAGGAGAGGUAUCAAGAAACUGUUCAUGAUGUUCCAUCACUGCAGGAGGUAAAUCAAAUGAUUGCAAGGAGUGAAGAUGAAGUAGAACUGUUUGAUCAAAUGGAUGAAGAGCUGGAUUGGAUAGAGGAGAUGACCAGGUAUGACCAGGUACCAAAGUGGCUUCGAACCAGUACUAAAGAAGUGAAUGCUGCUAUUGCUAGUUUAUCAAAAAAACCGUCGAAGAAUAUUUUAUUUGGUAGCAAUAUCGGUGUUGUGGAACCUAGUGAAAUUGGAACUGAGAGAAAAAGAGGGCCCAAGGGAAAAAAAUAUCCAAACUACAAGGAAGUGGAUGAUGAAAAUGGAGAAUACUCUGAAGCAAGUUCUGAUGAGAGGAAUAGAUAUUCUGUGCAUGAAGAAGAGGGAGAAAUUGGAGAGUUUGAAGAUGAUGAAGACAGUGGUGCUGCUGGGGCGCCACCAAUCAAUAAAGAUCAAUCAGAAGAAGAUGGUCCAGUUUGCGAAGGUGGGUAUGAAUAUCUCCGGCCUUCAGAGAACACAAGGAACAACCUUAUACUUGAGGAAGCUGGUUCCUCCGGAUCAUCUUCUGACAGUCGGAGAUUGACACAGAUUGUAUCUCCAGUUUCUUCUCAGAAGUUUGGGUCUCUGUCUGCAUUAGAAGCUCGGCCAGGCUCUCUUUCAAAAAGGAUGCCAGAUGAACUCGAGGAAGGGGAGAUUGCAAUAUCUGGAGAUUCUCACAUGGACCACCAGCAAUCUGGAAGUUGGACUCAUGAUCGUGAUGAAGGUGAAGAUGAACAGCAGGUCUUGCAACCCAAGAUAAAACGAAAGCGUAGUAUUCGAGUUCGGCCUCGUCACACUGUUGAAAGGCAGGAAGAGAAGCCUUGCAAUGAGGCACCUUCUCUCUUGCCAUUCCAGAUGGACCAUAAAUAUCAAGCACAGUUAAGGACUGAUACUGAAAUGAAAACACAUGGUGAGCUCAAUUCUUCCAAGCAUGAUCAAAGUGAGUCAUCUUCAAAAAGUAGGCGGAACCUACCUUCAAGGAAAAUAGCUAAUGCCCCAAAGUUGCGUGCUUCACCGAAAUCUGGCCGAUUGAAUUCUCUAUCUGGUCCUGCAGAAGAUGCUGCUGAUCACGGCAGAGAAAGUUGGGAUGGUAAAGUUAUGAACGCCGGUGGGUCUUCAAAUUUUGGCACUAAGAUGUCUGAUGUUAUCCAGAGAAGGUGCAAAAAUGUAAUUAGUAAGCUCCAAAGGAGAAUUGAUAAGGAAGGACAUCAAAUUGUACCUCUGCUAACAGAUUUGUGGAAAAGGAUUGAAAAUUCUGGUUACAUGAGUGGAGGUGGAAAUAAUCUUUUGGAUUUACGGAAGAUUGAUCAGCGGGUUGACAGAGUAGAGUAUAAUGGGGUGAUGGAGCUGGUGUCUGAUGUGCAGCUUAUGUUAAAGGGUGCAAUGCAAUUUUAUGGCUUCUCACAUGAGGUUAGAUCUGAAGCAAGGAAAGUACACGAUCUAUUUUUUGAUAUAUUGAAGAUUGCAUUUCCGGAUACAGAUUUACGAGAAGCCAGAAAUGCACUUACUUUCUCUGGUCCCGCAUCUACCUCUAUCUCUGCUCCAGCCCCAAGACAGGUAGCUGCUGGCCAGAGCAAGAGACACAAGAUGAUAAAUGAGAUGGAACCUGGUCCUAGCCCUUCCCAGAAGCCACUACAACGAGGCUCUAUUCCUGUCAGUGAAGACAACACUAGGAUUAGAGUGCACGUGCCUCAGAAGGAUUCAAGGCUUGGAAGUGGAAUUGGCAGUAGCCGGGAGCAAUUCAAGCACGAUGAUUCUCCACAUCCCGGAGAGCUGGUUAUCUGCAAGAAGAAAAGGAAAGACCGGGAAAAGUCAGUCGUGAAGCCAAGGACUGGUCCGGCUGGCCCCGUCUCACCCCCAAGCUUGGGUCGUAACAUGAAAGGUCCAGGUUCAAUUCCCAAGGAUAAUAUACGGCAGAAUCAACAAUCUACCCAACAAGGGUGGGCCAAUCAGGCUGGUCAACCGCCAAAUGGUAGUGGUGGCAAUGUUGGUUGGGCUAAUCCUGUGAAGAGAUUGAGGACAGAUACCGGUAAAAGGAGGCCAAGUCAAUUAUGAUUUUACUCAAGGGGUAGUGUAUCAUUUUAAUGAAAGAAAUUAAAAAAUUGUUGUUAUUGAGUUGAAAGCGCAGUGUAUAACCGGUCCUCGCAGGCCUCAAGUUCAGUUAGUCCUUACUGUUAAUAUAGUUUAGAUAUUUGGUUCGCCAUUGUAUACCUGUUCCUCCAUUAUUGAAAAUCAGUAGCUUUUCAUAACCGCCUCAUGAUACCACAAAUCUUUGUAAAGUGUGUACCUUAAGAUGUCUGUCGUUUUGACGUCGAUGUUACUCGGUGGAAGAAAACGGGCAGGCAAAUCUCUCUUUGAUUUUUGUGGGAUCUGCUUUAAUUGCUUUUCAUAGUGUAACUGAUCUGAAAUAGUGUUAUGAUUUUGCCUCAGAGCGAAACCGAACUACCACAUGUCGUGUAUUUGCAUCCUCUAACAAAUGCGCAAAUAAAAUAUUGCAACUUCAGUU